UAUGAAGUGUGUAUAUGUGUCUACUUUUAUGUAUGCACACAUACAAGCAAAUGUACAGUUUCCCCUGUUAUUUGAAAGUAGAGUGUUCCUAUGAAACCUUUUGUAAGCUGAAAUGGUGUAAAGCAAAGAAACAACUACCAUUAAUUAAUAUUGAAAAAUUUUUGAGCUUCCCCAGACCCAUAAAAUAACAUCUUAGGCUUCUCUGAUACUGUAGGACACAUCUUGUGAAUGGAUGCACAAAAUAAAUUGAGAUAAAGCCCAGACACUCACAGACACAGUUGAAAGCUGUGGCUGCUUGGUGCUGAGAAGCUGUGUGGUUCCUGGGGAGAGAGGCUGGCGGUGUCACCCUUUGCCGCUUGGGGUGUGUGCUCCCUCUUUAAUGGCUCACUGCAGAACAACUGCACUGAACCCUGUUUUUGCCUUUUUUUGUAAAUGCAGAAAUCCUCUUCAGAUUUCUCUUGGUUAGCAUAACAGGUACUAACGUAGGUCUCAUAAAAGCAAAGGGGAGUAAUGUGAACUUUUGAAAAGUAGGGGAUACCUGUAUAGGUAAAUAUUUUUCUUUUGCUAUUGACUGCUCUAAGGGUUUUCACUGAAGCAGUUAUUUUGUAACUGUGUUUCAUAAACUCUGAUGUAGAAACCAUUGCAUGAUUUUGUAAUUUUUGACACAGUUAUUUUGGAAGGAAAAAAUUUCUAAUUAAUUUCUGAUUAAAUUUUGCAGACUGGUAGACUACUGGAUAGAUUCAUAGCCUGCUGGAAGGCAUAGCUACUAUGACCAACAGGCAGUGCUAAGGGGUAUUAUCUUAUUUAAGCUUCACUAUCCUAAAAUAUUUUUUCCUAAGUAAACUGCAAAAUCAUAGUUUGCUUUUUGGGAGUCUAACUCUGCUUUUUUUUUUUUCUCUUAAUUUGCUUUGUUCACAUUACUUUGAUCAUCAUACUAUAUAAUUUAUGACUUAGUUAUCAGAUUAAUGAAUGCCAUUACAAAGAAUUGUUCAGUAUCAAAAGCUCCUUUUAUUGGUCAUUGAACUACUGCUUUUUUAUGUAGUUUAAAAAAAAAUAAGUCCCAUGUUGAAUUAAUCUGUCUGUGGUUAGUCUUUCAUCAGAAAUCAACAAAAGGUUUUUGGCAUUCUGAGCAGGAUAUGAGAGCCAAACUAAGCAUCUGUUGUAAAUUGGGUGGCAGUUAUCCUUUGACUUUUCUGUAUUUUGAGCAUCCCAGAAACUAAACAAAUCCAGUUAAACUCAUAUCUCAUGAGAAGGAGAUUGAUUUCAUGAGAAAGAUUCAGGACUGGAAGGAAAAAGUAAGUAAAUAGACAUGGUCAAACCUAUAAAGUGGUAGAAGGUGUGGUGAUGAACUUGGCUUGGGGCAAAUGUACUCUAUAUUUUGUCCCUCAUACUUCCUUUUCUUUCUGAGAAAAAAAUAUGCACCACAUUUACGAUGGUGAGCUCCAGCUUAAACACAUACUUUGUGUUCUUUUGUCCUAAAGGGAAGUUUGUAGUGAGAGUACAUACAACAGGGCAUCCCAGAACCCAAAGGUGGGUAGUGCAUCCAGCCAAGCUUUACACAGGUAUUCCCCAAAUGUGUGAAAUGCUCAUAAUGAAAGCUCAAAGGAAUUCAUAGAGUAUAAAUCUGGUUUCAGGCCUUGGAAAAGGCAAAGGAUGCAGGAAGAAAAGAGAGAGUCUUGGUGCGACAACGAGAACAAGUUACAACUCCAGAAAAUAUCAAUUUGGAUUUAACUUAUUCAUACUUUUUUCCUUAGGUUCUUUUCAACUUGGCCAGUCAAUAUUCAGCUAAUGAAAUGUAUGCUGAAGCACUAAACACAUAUCAAGUUAUAGUGAAAAACAAGGUGUUUAGCAAUGCAGGAAGAUUGAAAGUGAAUAUGGGAAAUAUUUAUUUAAAGCAAAGAAAUUAUUCCAAAGCCAUUAAAUUCUACCGAAUGGCAUUAGAUCAAAUUCCAAGCGUCCAUAAAGAAAUGAGGAUUAAAAUUAUGCAGAACAUUGGCAUUACAUUUAUUAAAACUGGUCAGUAUUCAGAUGCCAUUAAUUCAUUUGAGCACAUAAUGAGUAUGGCACCAAAUCUGAAGGCAGGCUUCAACCUAAUUCUCAGUUACUUUGCUGUUGGAGAUCAAGAAAAAAUGAAGAAGGCCUUCCAAAAAUUGAUUGCUGUUCCAUUAGAAAUCGAUGAAGAUGAUAAAUAUAUAUCACCAAACGAUGAUCCACACACUAACUUAGUGAUUGAAGCUAUAAAAAAUGAUCAUCUAAGGCAAUUGGAACAUGAAAGGAAAGCCAUGGCAGAGAAAUACAUCAUGACAGCUGCAAAACUCAUUGCUCCUGUAAUUGAAACAUCCUUUGCUGUGGGUUAUGAUUGGUGUGUUGAAGUUGUGAAAGCUUCUCAAUAUGUAGAGCUAGCAAAUGAUCUGGAAAUAAACAAAGCAAUUACAUAUUUAAGACAAAAGGACUUUAACCAAGCUGUGGAGACCUUAAAAACAUUUGAAAAAAAGGAUAGUAGAGUGAAAAGUGCAGCUGCAACCAACCUCUCAUUCCUGUAUUAUUUGGAGAAUGAAUUUGCACAAGCCAGCAACUAUGCAGAUUUAGCUGUGAACUCAGAUAGAUACAACCCAUCAGCUCUUACUAAUAAAGGAAAUACAGUUUUUGCAAAUGGUGAUUAUGAGAAGGCAGCUGAAUUCUAUAAAGAGGCUCUAAGAAAUGACUCUUCUUGUACUGAAGCACUUUAUAAUAUUGGCCUUACCUAUAAGAAGCUAAACCGGCUAGAUGAAGCUUUGGACUGUUUCCUGAAACUUCAUGCAAUCCUAAGAAACAGUGCCCAAGUUCUUUACCAGAUAGCAAAUGUAUAUGAAUUAAUGGAAGAUCCUAAUCAAGCUAUUGAAUGGUUAAUGCAGCUGAUCAGUGUCGUUCCAACUGAUUCUAGAGCUUUGUCAAAACUAGGAGAAUUAUAUGAUAGUGAAGGAGAUAAGUCCCAAGCAUUUCAAUACUACUAUGAGUCAUACAGGUAUUUCCCUUCUAAUAUAGAAGUCAUUGAGUGGCUUGGAGCCUAUUAUAUUGACACCCACUUUUGUGAAAAAGCCAUUCAGUAUUUUGAAAGAGCUUCUCUUAUACAGCCUACACAAGUGAAAUGGCAGCUGAUGGUAGCUAGUUGUUUUAGAAGAAGUGGUAACUACCAGAAAGCAUUAGAUACUUACAAAGAUAUUCACAGAAAAUUUCCAGAAAACGUUGAAUGUCUGCGUUUCUUGGUUCGUCUCUGUACAGAUAUUGGAUUAAAAGAAGUUCAAGAAUAUGCAACAAAACUCAAGAGAUUGGAAAAAAUGAAAGAAAUAAGGGAACAGCGCAUAAAGUCUGGCAGAGACAGCAGUGGGGGUUCCCGCAGCAAAAGAGAGGGGAGUGCUAGCAGUGAUAGUGGCCAGAACUAUAGUGCCAGUAGUAAAGGUGAACGACUAAGUGCCAAACUCAGAGGUUUACCUGGGACAAAUGAACCUUACGAAAGUAGCAGUAACAAAGAAAUAGAUGCCUCCUAUGUGGAUCCACUUGGACCUCAAAUAGAAAGACCAAAAACUGCAGCCAAAAAGAGAAUCGACGAGGACGAUUUUGCUGAUGAAGAGUUAGGAGAUGAUUUGCUUCCAGAAUAAUAUACACUUUAAUAUGUUGUUGAUUAAAGGAAAAAAAUUGCCUUGCACAAGAUAAUACUUAUGUUACACUCUGGAUUAAAUAUCCAAACUUUAAUUUUGUAUACCAUCAAAUUUUAAGUAAGUGUAUUCUAUAUGGGUGUAAAUUUUGUUUUGAAUGGAAUAAAAAUAUAUGAAAGUAAUA